CCCCUCCCCCUGACGUCCCUUCCUCCGGGCCCCUCCGCCGCCUCCGCCGCCGCCCGGCCGGCUCCGCGCCCCCUCCCCUGCCCCCGCCCGCCGCCCUAUGGCGCCCCGGGCCCGUUCCGCGUGGGGCCACUAGGACCCUCGGCGUCCUCUUCCCUCCUCUCCCGCGGUUCCCACCCGGGUGCCCACGGCGCCCAGCUUCCCGGCCCGCGUCCCCCAGGCCGGCGGGGGGGGAGGGGAAGAGAGGGGACCCCGGGAACCCCGCCCCCCCCGACCCGGCCGCCCAGUCCCCCGGGACCCCGGGAAAAUGUCUUCGCGGACUGCGCUGGCCCCGGGCAACGAUCGGAACUCGGACACGGGGCCUGGGUUCCGAUCCAGUUCCUCCCUGGCUGUGGGACCUCAGCAUGGCACCCUGGGCAGCGGCCGCUCCUCAGACAAAGGCCCAUCCUGGUCCAGCCGCUCCCUGGGCGCCCGCUGCCGGAACUCCAUUGCCUCGUGCCCGGAGGAGCAGCCACAUGUGGGCAACUACCGCCUGCUCAAGACCAUCGGGAAGGGCAACUUCGCCAAAGUCAAGUUGGCGCGACACAUUCUCACAGGCCGUGAGGUCGCCAUCAAGAUCAUUGACAAAACCCAGCUGAACCCCAGCAGCCUGCAGAAGCUGUUUCGAGAAGUUCGAAUCAUGAAGGGCCUAAACCACCCCAACAUUGUGAAGCUCUUUGAGGUGAUCGAAACCGAGAAGACCUUGUACUUGGUGAUGGAAUACGCCAGUGCCGGAGAAGUGUUUGACUACCUCGUGUCCCACGGCCGCAUGAAGGAGAAGGAGGCGCGCGCCAAGUUCCGCCAGAUUGUGUCGGCCGUGCACUACUGUCACCAGAAGAACAUCGUGCAUAGAGACCUGAAGGCCGAGAACCUCUUGUUGGACGCUGAGGCCAACAUCAAGAUCGCUGACUUCGGCUUCAGCAACGAGUUCACACUGGGCUCCAAGCUGGACACAUUCUGCGGGAGCCCCCCGUACGCUGCCCCCGAGCUCUUCCAGGGCAAGAAGUACGAUGGGCCAGAGGUGGACAUCUGGAGCCUGGGCGUCAUCCUCUACACCCUCGUCAGCGGCUCCCUGCCCUUUGAUGGGCACAACCUCAAGGAGCUGCGGGAGCGAGUCCUCAGAGGGAAGUAUCGGGUCCCCUUCUACAUGUCCACAGACUGUGAGAGUAUCCUGCGGAGGUUUUUGGUGCUGAACCCAGCUAAACGCUGUACUCUCGAGCAAAUCAUGAAAGACAAAUGGAUCAACAUCGGCUACGAGGGGGAGGAGUUGAAGCCAUACACGGAGCCCGAGGAAGACUUUGGGGAUACCAAGCGAAUCGAGGUGAUGGUGGGCAUGGGCUACACGCGGGAAGAGAUCAAAGAGGCCCUGACGAGCCAGAAGUACAACGAAGUGACCGCCACCUACCUCCUGCUGGGCAGGAAGACUGAGGAGGGUGGGGACCGGGGCACCCCGGGGCUAGCCCUGGCACGGGUGCGGGCGCCCAGCGACACCACCAAUGGGACAAGCUCCAGCAAAGGCACCAGCCACAGCAAAGGGCAGCGGAGUUCCUCCUCCACCUACCACCGCCAGCGCAGGCACAGUGACUUCUGUGGCCCAUCCCCUGCACCCCUGCACCCCAAGCGCAGCCCCACCAGCACCGGGGAGGCAGAGCUGAAAGAGGAGCGCCUUCCGGGCCGCAAGGCGAGCUGCAGUGCAGCAGGCAGCGGGAGCCGAGGGCUGCCCCCCUCUAGCCCCAUGGUCAGCAGUGCCCACAACCCCAACAAGGCGGAGAUCCCUGAGCGGCGGAAGGAUAGCUCGAGCACCCCGAACAGCCUCCCCCCCAGCAUGAUGACCCGCAGGAACACCUACGUGUGCACAGAGCGCGCCGGCGUAGAGCGCCCCUCCCUCUUUCCAAACGGCAAAGAAAACAGUUUGGGGACCCCACGGGUGCCCCCUGCCUCCCCUUCCAGUCACAGCCUGGCUCCCCCGUCUGGGGAGCGGAGCCGCCUGGCCCGCGGCUCCACCAUCCGCAGCACCUUCCACGGCGGCCAGGUCCGGGACCGACGGGCAGGGAGUGGGGGUGGUGGGGGUGUGCAGAACGGGCCCCCCGCCUCCCCCACUCUGGCACAUGAGGCCGCACCCCUGCCCGCUGGGCGGCCCCGCCCCACCACCAACCUCUUCACCAAGCUGACCUCCAAAUUGACCCGCAGGGUCACAGACGAACCUGAGAGAAUCGGGGGACCUGAGGUCACAAGUUGCCAUCUACCUUGGGAUCAAGCGGAAACCGCCCCCCGGCUGCUCCGAUUCCCCUGGAGUGUGAAGCUGACCAGCUCGCGCCCUCCUGAGGCCCUGAUGGCGGCGCUGCGCCAGGCCACCGCAGCCGCCCGCUGUCGCUGCCGCCAGCCGCAGCCCUUCCUGCUGGCCUGCCUGCAUGGGGGUGCGGGCGGGCCCGAGCCCCUGUCCCACUUUGAAGUGGAAGUGUGCCAGCUGCCCCGGCCCGGCCUACGGGGCGUCCUCUUCCGCCGUGUGGCAGGCACCGCCCUGGCCUUCCGCACCCUUGUCACCCGCAUCUCCAAUGACCUCGAGCUCUGAGCCGCUGUGGCCCCCUCUUGGGUCCCAUCCGGGCCCCUCAGCUCAGGGGGGGUUCCCCCGGUCAUCCCUGGACUCAGCUGGGGGACACAGGCCAUUUGGCCUGAGACCCAUGGGGGGAGAGGGGGCUUUGGGGGAUGUGGCCCCUUCCUGGAGCCUCCAGCUGGUUCUGUACCCCCACCUCAUGCCCCGCUGGGGGCCACCCAAGGAGACUCUGGGGACAGAGCAGGGCCAUAAAGGGAAACUGAGAAAGCCCUUCCAUUCCAUUCAAUUGCUCAAGAAUUAGACCUCGAACUGGGGCGGGGAGGGGGCAGGAAAGUUUCAGAACCUAAAGACUGGAGAAUGGGGUGAGGAGCGGCUACAAAUGGGGGGAAGGGCAUCAGAGAGGCAGAUCCCUCCCCCUGCACCCAAGUUCUCCCUCUCCCCCCAGUUGUUGCCCCAGGCUGGCUCCAGGCACUUUGUACAAACCCCUGUAAAUACCCCUCCUCUACUCCACCCGCAGAGGUCUCUUGAGGAGCUGCUGCAUCACCUCUGGUUUUUAAGUUAUUACACCCAGCCCCCACCCCUCGGCCCCCCUCACCUGCAGCCUGUCACCCAGUACACUUAGGAGAGCCCCCCCCACACACACACACACACACACACACACACGAUGACCGGAGAGGGGGUGUUUCUUCUCUGUCCUCACCUGCCAGGGGACUGAAGAAGAGGGGUGUGGCUUGGGGCCAGUUUGGGGCACCUAAGGGGUGGGGAGGUCCUCUCUGAGCCUCGUUCUUUCGCAUCUGUAGAAUGGGCGGAGCAAGGACGUGUGAGGGUCAAAGCUGAUGGUGGACGAGGGCAGGACAGAGCUCCCACUCAUCCACUCACAGGCCCUCCCACAUGUUAUACCAGACUCGAAGCCACUUCUUACUCCAGUAGUACAUUUACUCAAUAAACAGUCAUUGACCGGUGCCUACUCCA